AUGGCAAAUCUAUAUCAAAUUGAAAAUCUUUUACAAUGUUCCAUAUGUCUUAAUCGUUUUCAAAUACCAAAAGUUCUUGAAUGUCAACAUACAUUUUGUUUUACAUGCUUACAGAAUAUUUAUGAUUCUGAAAAUCAAAUACUAAUUUGUCCAAUAUGUCAACGAACAAUUAAAUUAACGGAAGGAACUGAUGAAUUACCUGAUAAUAUUUUAUUAAUUAGUUUAAUGAAAAUUCAACCAAUUAAAGGAAAAUGUUCAUCGUGUCAAAAAAUUGAUACAUUAACUAUAUGUGAAUAUUGUCAGUGUACAAAAUGUAUAGAUUGCAAUGAAAAACAUGUGAAUGAUAUGAAAAAAUUAUUAGAAAUAAAAUUAAAUGAAUUAGAGAAAACCAAUCAAAAUGAAUUCAAAGUUCCAGUUCAUAAUUAUUUUAAAAUAAAACGAAAUGAAAUAAAUAAUCAAUUUCAACUUAUUCGUCAAGAACAUCAUUCGAAUUUAUAUCAAAAACAGAUGCAUAUACUUGAACAACUUGAAUUACAAGAACAAAGUUUUAUAAAACAAAUAGAAAAUGAUUUUCAAUUACUCGAACAAAUGAAAUGUGAUACAAUAAAUCGAAACAUUGAUAUAAAUAGUAAAACUGAAUCGGAAUUACUCAAUGUCUUAAGAAAAGCAUCUGAUAUUCAAAAAUGUUUAACUGAAAAACUUACUCAAUAUUAUCUAUAUUCGUGUGAAAUUAUUUUACAAUACGAUGAAGAUCAAACAAAUGCAAUUAAUCAUUUAUGUGAUAGUCUACAAUUAAAUAUUUCUGAUGGAAAUUGUGUUUCAUCUGAAUUUAUUAAUAUAACUUUACGAACAUUUUUAAAUCAAGAAUAUCAAUAUCGAAUAUCAUUAGAUAAAACUAUUUAUGAACUGAAAGAAAUAUUUAGUAAACAAGAAAAUCUUGAUCCAAAAAAAAUUCUACUAACUAAAUUUGAUAAUUAUAUUGAUGAACUUGAAGAUAAUCGAACUUUAAAAUCUUAUGAAUUUAAUUCAACAAGUAUUCUUAUGGUAUGUCUUCGAAAAUAA